GAAGCAGCCUCUGUCUCAUGAGCUAUUUAUCAUUUAUGCUGAGCUCUUAAGUCGGCUCUUAAAAAUAAAGUGACCAAAAAACUAUUUAGGCUGCAAAUAUGAAGCUACAGAACAUUUAUGUGAAAUGUUUUAAUUGUCAUUAUUUGUCUUUAGCUAAUGGGCUUUGUUCUUACAUUUGUCACAGCGAUCACAUGGAAAAUAUUUCUGGCUACUUAAUGAAAUACACCAAUCUUGUCACAGGCUGGCAAUACCGGUAUUUUGUCUUAAACAAUGAAGCUGGCCUUUUGGAGUAUUUUGUGAACGAACAAUCCAGAAACCAGAAGCCACGCGGUACUUUGCAGCUAGCUGGAGCAGUGAUAUCUCCUAGUGAUGAAGAUUCACAUACUUUCACAGUGAAUGCUGCUAGCGGAGAACAAUAUAAACUGAGAGCUACUGAUGCUAAAGAACGGCAGCAUUGGGUCAGUCGGCUUCAGAUAUGUGCACAACACCAUACUGAAGCAAUUGGAAAGGUAUUGUCUGUAACACAUACUAACAAUCCCCCUCUGAAAUCUCGCAGCUUCUCUCUUGCAUCUCAAGGAAGUGGCUCCCCUGGUGUACAGAGAAGGCCCAGCCAAAAUGCAGCUUCCUUUUUUAACGUAAGCCAUCACAAGUUGCCAACUGGGAAGAGAAUUCCCAUUCUGCAGCCAGAUCACUUAAUUGAUGUCCGGGAGAAGAUGUAUCAAGCUGAGGGACAACAGAGAGACUUGGUAAGAAGCAUAGAAUGCCUUCCAGCCUCUGGUCAUCUUUCUUCCUUGGACCAAGACCUUUUGAUGCUCAAGGCAACUUCCAUGGCAACAAUGAAUUGCUUAAAUGAUUGUUUCCACAUUCUCCAGCUACAACAUGCAUCACAACAAAAGGGGCCCUUACCAGCUGGAACUGCUAUCAGUUGGUUGGAACCAAAAGUCUCCGUGCCAAACCACUUCAAAAAUGGAGCAGGUCAGAAUUUCUCAGCAGAUCAGAACAAGCCGUCAUCUGUCAAAGAAGAGCAGUCCGAUUCAGGUUCCUUUCAGCUAAUCAGGGAACCAGAGGAAAUAAAUCCAGAUGAGGAGGUAGAGGAUACAUGUGAUAAUAAAGAAGAUGACCUUGGAGCAGUAGAAGAACAACGUAGUGUUAUCUUACAUCUCCUGUCUCAGCUCAAACUUGGCAUGGACUUAACGAGAGUGGUUCUUCCCACUUUUAUUUUAGAGAAACGCUCCUUGUUGGAAAUGUAUGCCGACUUCAUGUCCCAUCCAGAUCUCUUCAUUGCAAUUUCAAAUGGCACAAGCCCAGAAGAGAGGAUGAUCCGCUUUGUGGAGUAUUACCUCACUUCCUUUCAUGAAGGUCGCAAAGGGGCGAUCGCAAAAAAGCCGUACAACCCGAUAAUAGGGGAAACAUUUCACUGCUCGUGGAAAAUGGCAAAGAGCCACAUACCAUCUGACACAAAUAGUAACUCUUCAUCCCAUUCCCUUUCUGAGCAAGGGACUGUCUCGGAAGAGCUACAGGACCAAGCAGCACCAGACUGUUACACUGUCAAAUUCGUAGCAGAACAAGUAUCUCAUCAUCCUCCAGUCUCAGGGUUUUAUGCUGAAUGUGUAGAGAGGAAGAUGUGUGUUAACGCUCAUGUCUGGACAAAAAGUAAAUUCUUAGGCAUGUCAAUAGGCGUGACCAUGGUUGGUGAAGGUAUUUUGUGUCUCCUGGAACAUGGAGAGGAAUACACAUUUUCUCUGCCUUGUGCAUACGCUCGGUCGAUUUUGACUGUUCCUUGGGUAGAACUGGGAGGAAAAGUCAGUGUUAACUGUGCAAAAACUGGAUAUUCUGCAAGUAUAACUUUUCAUACCAAGCCAUUCUAUGGUGGCAAGCUCCACCGUGUUACUGGUGAGGUGAAGCAGAACGCUACCAACACUGUGGUUUGUAGAGUGCAAGGUGAAUGGAAUAGUAUUCUUGAAUUUACAUACAGCAAUGGAGAGACAAAAUAUAUGGACUUGACAAAACUGUCUGUGACAAGAAAACGAGUGCGACCGAUUGAGAAGCAAGGGCCAUUUGAGUCCAGGAAACUGUGGCAACAUGUUACAGAGGCCUUGAGGGAAGGGGAUAUUGAUAAGGCAACAGAGCAUAAGAAAGCACUGGAGGAGAGGCAGAGAAAUGAAGAGAGGCUCCGGGCAGAAACGGGUACACCUUGGCAUACUAAGUACUUUGUUAAAGAGGGAGAUGGCUGGGUUUAUUAUAACCCCCUUUGGAAAAGAAUGUCUACUGUGCAAAAUCAAGAUAUGGAUACGAAUUAGCUGACAUUUCUUCAGAAUUGUUCUUUACAUUUGUCUAAUCCCUGCAACUUCCAAAAUGCUGUAUCUCACUAAGAGUCUUUUGGGAUUUUUAUACAAUUGCACAGAACUAAAUGAGCAUAAAGGAGUAAAACUUCUAGGGCACUUUACUUUUUGCAGAAAAUCAAAGGGGUAGAGAAAAUAUUGCCAGAUAUGUUCCCUCUUCUCCCCAAAGAAACAUUUUAUAUGGUAUUCAAGAUUUUAUCUGAACAACAUGUUCUUUCUAAGCAUAAUGUCUUGCAAAAGCUGCCUAACUUUUUUUUCUUGAACCUCCUUAGAAGCAGUGGCAUUCAGUGCUGCUAUGCUGUUUUGCCCAGGUGGAUUUAUCUCUGGAGUAAUACCUGAACAGUGUUUCAGAAUUGAAGCUUCAGCUUCCACUGAUUUCUGAUCUACUCAGUGCCCAUCUAAAGGAGAAAAAAAAGAGACCUUUUGCUGCUCUGAAUUGCUCUCAUAGAAGCCUUGAAGAGAAAGCUUUUUGUAAGUUUAAACUUGGAAUCAGUGUUAUGAACUCUCUGGAUCAGGGCAGUUUUUAAAAAAUGUUCUUCAGAGGCAGUCUGUGCACAACCAUGGUAGAAUGAGGGGAUUUAUACAAGUCCCACUUAAAAAAUUUAAAACAUUAAAAUUUUAAAUGGGGAUUUCCCUCCCUUUAUAUUUGGAAAAGCUCACUGAAGAGGAAAAUGGGGGCAGGGUUGUAAAAUUGAGAACACAUUGUUUCCUGGCCUCAUUUCUGCAGUGAACUGCUAAUAUGUGCUUCAUACUGUAAAUACUGCAAAAUGUUAUGCCUCUUUGAAGACUAAGGCCUAGAUCCAAAUGAUCCAACCUUUUAGAAAAAGUCAGAUUAAUGUCCUUCAUGUCUCCGCUCCCACUCUCCCUUCUCCUUGGACCAUCUCUGACACUGAGUCAGUAUUAUUGGGUGUCCAGGCAAGUAAUUUCAUUUGCCUUCACUGUAUAUUCAACAUCAAACAAACAUCUCUGUGUGCCCAUUGAGUACAAGGACUUUGGUUUUCUAUAGUAUCUGAAAAGACUUGUUUUUUUGCUAUGGGACUGCAUACUUAAACAAAUGCAAUCUGAUAUCAGGAAACCAUGUUCUGGUAAAAAAUGUUCUUGGUUUUUUUAUGAUACCAAUAUUUUAUUGAAGUCUAUGAAUUGCUGGCAAUUAAGAAUAGAACUGAUUUAUGGCUUUCAUUCUUGUUACUACUACAAGCUACCUUAAUUUUUCUAAGAGUGGUGCCUUACUCUGUAUCUUCUGAUGUAGUCUUCCAAUCAGUGUAUAUACCGUAAUCUGACAUCUCCAUUUCUUGUCAACAGCGGGGCCUCUCCCUACCAUCAUGAACAUUUAUGAACUGUGUGUGCUAGUCAGGUGUUUUAUUUUUUUUAAUUUUUUUGGUCCAUAUUCAGGGAAGUAUCUGAACACAUCCUCAAGUGAUUAAGUAACCAUCCUCAUUUUCCACAAAAGCUAAAAUGCAUACAGACAAAAAAGUUCAAGUUUUUAUGCACAUGUCUUGAAACACCCUUGUACUUUUUCUUGCUGUGAAAUGCACUGAAAUCGUAAUGCGAGUAGUGUACAGUUCCAUGUGUGAGACAUGGGGAGGGAAGGAAAUAAAGGAACCAAACAAAA